AACGGAACUAUCAAAUUUUUCUGCCUCAUAUUAGUUUUCAUGGGAAUAGUGUCGAGUCCUUGGGCAGAUGAAUAAUCUAUUGUAGUGACGUUUGAUGAAAUUUGCUAAGACAAAAGCGGAAAAGGGACAUAAAAGUCAAACAUAAAUUAAGUAGCUUACCGUUCAUAUCAGUGAAUUUUCUUUAAAUUCUUUGCCCACCAGUUUCCAUCAUUAGUUGUUGCCCAGCUGAUUUGUGGUUUGUGUCGUUAGUCUUGUUACUAGUCUUUUGACUUGAAACUCUUGUCAAAUUUGUAUUUUAUCAUGAAGUUCUUGUGUGUCACAAUUUUUGAAUGUGCUUUGAUUGUGGUCGCGUUUGGAAUGCCUCAGGACACAACUUAUCCAACUACAUACGACGAUGUCAACGUAGAUGACAUUUUACAUAAUGAUAGACUUUUCAACAGAUACUUCACCUGUCUCACUAAGAAAGAAGGAUGCACUCCUGAAGGAAAAUUGCUGGCUGCAACAAUACCGGACGCCCUAGCCACUACUUGCGCGAAAUGCAGCGCCAAACAGAAAACGGCAGCGGAAAAGGUGAUCAAGUACCUUUACUUCAACAAGCGAGACAAGUUCGACGAGCUAGCCAAGAUCUACGACCCGGAAAGCAACUACUUGAACAAGUACCUUGUAGACGGCUUCCCAGCCAAGGUCUACAUGCUGAGCACAGUGCUAUUUACGGCUAGUAAAUAUAGACGACAGUGGCUAGCGAGUGGUGAAGUCAUGUCCAAGUUGCCCGUGACACUGGUGUUGAUGUUGGCCGUCUUCUCGGUCGACUGCGGCAAACUCUACAAAGACAGAUACACGACCAAGUUCGACAAAAUCGAUUUGGAUGAGGCGCUCAACAAUCAGCGGCUCUUCGAGAGCUAUCUCAAGUGUCUGAUGGGGGACAAGUGUUCGCCUGAUGGAUACGAGCUUCGAGAGGCGCUGCCAGAUGCCCUUGCAACGGCGUGCGCCAAGUGCAGCGAAGCUCAGAAGGCCGGCACCGAGAAGGUGAUCAGAUUCCUGAUCGAGAAGCGACCCAAAGAGUACGCUCUGCUCGAGAAGAAGUACGACCCCGAAGGCAUCUACAGGGACAAGUACAAGCCCAUCGCCGAGAUGAAAGGCAUCAAGCUUGACUGAACACUGGACCGACUUCAAAACGAAAGUUCUUAUUCAUUCACUGGAAACACAUCAACAUUACACUCGUUAUGGAUAUUCAAUUUCCAUUUCAAAAGAAGUAGAACAUUUUUAUGAAAAUUCAAAUCCAAUUUGAGAAAGUUUCAACAAAAUUUCGAAAUUUAGUUGAAUCAAAAUGAUAUUUACAGAUUCCAGAUACGUUUGAAAAUACUAAAAUUACAGUACGAACAAAACUACAAAGAAAUUCAAUAAAAUGAAAAUUAUGAAAUCCAAAGAAUUAACACAUAUAUUCAAAUUAUUAUUCAAAGAGUUCAGGGUGUCUCAUCAGUAAUCUUGAGUAAUCAAAAUCAAACAUUCUUCAUUGAAGAUCAAAGGAAACUUCACCUUUUGUAAAUAGAGAAUCACAAUGGUAGCCUAUCAAUGGUAUCAAUCAUCUAUUGUAAAAAUUAUUGAUCUCAAUUCUUGCUUAUUUAUUUGUUAUCUCUUGAUAUUUAUUCCACAUUUCAUUCAAAAUGAUUUAUUCGACGAAAUUAUAUAGAAAUAUAUGUUAUUUUGU